GAACUUUCUUCAACCUUAAAAUCUCAUCGCCACGAUGAGAUGAAACAUGUUAUGAUGAAAUAAUAUGAAUUUAUACGAUAUAAAAUGAGUCAAGGAGUGAUCCUCUUAUAUAAAAAUCCCCCAUGGCUUCAUUACGCCGUCUUCUCACCACUCUCAGCCGACCAAUUAUAAGACUUAAUACACCACACUUAAUUCUACGCCGAUCCUUCAGUGCAGAAGCCGUCUCACAUCUAUCAAACCGAGUCCAAGUCUACAUCUCACGAGCCACAGACCCGUAUCUCAACCUCUCCAUCGAGCACUUCCUGCUCCAAAAAUCGCCCCCAGACUCAGUAGUGCUCUUUUUAUACGGAAACCGGCCCUGCGUCGUUAUUGGGCGGAACCAAAACCCAUGGGUCGAAGUAAAUCUCGGUCUCCUAAACCGCAAAGGCGGAAACGGAGUCGUAUUCGACAACAACGCAAAUGCUGAAGACAAUGACACCAACGUCCUCCUCGUCCGCCGGCGCUCAGGCGGAGGCACCGUGUUCCACGACAGCGGCAACAUGAACUACAGCGUCAUAUGCCCACCCGCAUCAUUCGACCGAGAUAAACACGCCCUCAUGGUCGUCCGGGCGCUACAAAACCUCGGUGUAUCCCACACACGCGUAAACUCACGCCACGAUAUCGUACUCGACGUCCCCCCAUCAUCCAACAACUCACACCCACAAAAUGAAUUACAGACUUUCAAAAUCUCCGGCUCCGCAUACAAACUAACCCGCCUGCGCUCCCUGCACCACGGAACCUGUCUCCUAUCCUCCCCCAACCUACCCCUCGUAAGCCCCCUCCUGCGCUCCCCAGCCGCGCCCUACAUACGCGCGCGCGGUGUCGAGAGUGUACGGAGUCCAGUGCGGAACGUCGGGAUGUCUCUCAUUUCCGAUUUCGCGGAUGCGGUAGUCUCCGAGUUCCAUACUAUGUACGGUAACACAGAUGUGGACAUCGUAGAAGCGUCUGAAGCGGAGGGGCUGUUAGGUGAAAUCCCGGAUAUCGCGAAGGGGUAUAGUGAGCUUAAGUCGCCGGAAUGGAUAUACACGCAGACACCGCAAUUUACAUUUUCCACACACCCUACGGAGGACGAUCCACGUCCUCGGCCGCCGUUGCCGAAAGAUUUACCGCCGGAUUUCCGCGCCACUUUCACGGUGCGACAUGGACAGGUUACUGACGUAUCUGGGACGGACCUGCUGGCGCCCUUGAAAUCGACGUACCUCCACCAUGUCACUAACUGGCGGCCGAAAGUUAGUAACGAGCCCGUUGGCAAAUGGCUGAAUGGUUUAUUUGGAGUCGGCGGCGGGAUUUAAAUAUCACUUUUGAUCUUAGAACUUAUAUGGUAAUUUUGGAAACUAAAAUCGGGGUAUAAAAUAUGUGUUAAUACUUCUGUAUCAUAUCAUACACCAAC